AGAGAGAGAGAGAGAGAGAGAGAGAGAGAGGCAUUUAUACUAGAAUUAACGGUUAACUCAAUUUGCAGAAUUUUGGAUGAAAAAUACUGGCUCAGUCUCUCUAUAGCCCAGUCUCCAAACGGCUCACAGCAUCUCCAAAUGUGAUUGCCUACUGGCCCCGAGGAGAAAGCGACAGCAGCCCAGCCGCCUGUGUGGUUUUGAUAAUGCCCCAAAUAUUUUGUCAAAAUAACAGCUUCUCGAUGGCUAGACCAACUUGUUAGGGGGUUGGGGAUCCAAAAAGCUCUGUGGAAAGGCGAACAGGGCCAGGAGCGCCCCGAAAUUAGUUGGAAAUUUGUGAAGGGAAGUAAAUUACGAAAUAAAUGGUGGAAUCUGUUAGUUGAUUCUACGUAGGGGGAUCCAGCCUGUUUCAGAGACUCAGCCCUCUCUCGUCCCCUCUGCCCUUUACUCUGUACCCUGGCAGCCUUGGUGAGGACUUUGGGGUCCUGGGUGUCCGUAAGCAAGCGCCCUGUUUGCUGUCCACAGGGGAGAAACCUUUCCAGUGUGAGUUCGAGGGCUGUGACCGGCGCUUCGCCAACAGCAGCGACAGGAAGAAGCACAUGCAUGUCCACACCUCAGAUAAGCCCUAUCUCUGCAAGAUGUGCGACAAGUCCUACACGCACCCUAGCUCGCUGCGGAAGCACAUGAAGGUCCAUGAGUCCUCCCCUCAGGGCUCCGAGUCCUCGCCGGCUGCCAGCUCUGGCUACGAGUCAUCCACGCCCCCGGGGCUGGUGUCCCCCAGCGCAGAGCCGCAGAGCAGCUCCAACCUGUCCCCGGCAGCGGCGGCGGCGGCGGCGGCAGCUGCGGCGGCGGCAGCCGCGGUGUCCGCAGUGCACCGA